AUAAAUAUAAUCAACGCAAUAUUAAUGAUGUCCACAUUGUUUCCCUUCUUUUCCCCUGAACCCGCGGCACCUUCAAGAUGCCCUCGCUAUGAUGACAGCGCGAUUCCUUGUCCACAUUCUCAACACACUAAAGAAGUGGCUUUCGCAGCUUGCACGUCGCUUUGCGGGUCCAUUAUCACUUUUUUUGUCUUUACUCCGCCAAUUUGCUUCCGGUCAUUUAAAGCUCGGUGCAUGCGGUCGGAGGUUGUUUGUUGGGACUCGUUUUUCCGGCGAGGCUCUACCGCGAUCCCAAGGGAAUAUCGCAAGAGAGGAUGCACCCAUUUGCUCGAGUUCUGUGCCUCCUUCGGAUGACCCUUAUUCAAUCUAUCCACAAAACUCACAACAUCUGCAAAAAGUUACAGUGACACCUUUGUCGCAGACUAAUACAACAAUACGGAAUGGGAGCACUGCAGAGAUAGAUGGGGGCUCUAUAUCAGGUUUGCACCAGUCCUCGCAGACGAGAGAGAACUCGGGGAGUCGGACGUCCCAUGGCAAUCCAUUAGAGGGGUCCAGCAGUCCAGGCCCAUCAAGCCUCCAUGGAUUGCCGGGGUCACAUCCACGAUCACAGAUAUGCACGAAUGAUGCUCGUUUUCCGGUUGCUGCGCCCACGUCCUCUACGACGCUUAGAACGAUUCAUCCCAACCAUAGUUUUAGCUCGCAGGGCAGCAGACAAUCAAUUACUGGGUUACGACCCCACGGACUUGAACAUGUUUAUCAUAUCGCGAAUGACAUCCAUAAUUCCAUCGCGCCACAAAGUGAAUUGCCGUAUCCUGGCACUGGUCAUCGUGUUCGUUGGACUGCUCCGCCCGGUAGUGACGACUCGAAGCCGGGCUCAAAGAUUGUUGAGGACCAUGAGGAUAAACCUGACGUAUUUCCUAUGGUUGCGGCAGGAGUCAUGAGGUAUCAAAGGUGCAUUCCCCGAAGGGUCGCCGACAGUAUCCAAACUACUGUCCCCGCUAUGACAAUCACAUUUCCUACGUAUGAUUCAAUGGUGGAUGUGUCCCCAUGGACCACGCACGUUCAUCCAGAAGGUUCUCGCUACUUUUUAAAUAAAGACCAAGUGCGUAAAGUUCAUCGAUAGUUGAAGACUGGCAUUACUAGGAUGGCUACUAUAUGCAGAGAACAUUCACGGAAGUCAAUAUCUUUGACCUAGAAAUACGCAAGCUCAUCGAAGACCACAUGCGGUAUUUGUGGCUUGGGCUCAAGUCCGUCGUUGAACAAAAGAAGCCCAACCUCACCAUAACGCAGGUGGACCUUGUACUCGAGCUAAAGAACAGUGACACGUCUGCUAGCUCUGCCACCGUUUGUUGGUACUAUUUUGUCCACCACAAGAGCAGGUGCCUCUUUUGGUUACACGAUUCUGAUGUU